GUUGCCGCCUCCUUCCUUCCUUCUCACGAAAAGGCAGGCAAGGGAAAGGCAAAGGACAACCCAUCCCCUGCCUCCUCCGUUGCUCUGCUGCUCCCCCUCCUUAUCUAAUCCUCUGGUUCCUGGACACCGGCCUGCAAGCUCCAGCAGCAGCGGCGCCGGCGACGAAAGGAGGAGGAUUGCUACCAUCCUAUAUCAUAUCAUACAUAUACACAAGGAGGAGGAGAAGGUGUGUAGCGAGGUUGAGGUCCGGAGGAUGCCUUCCAGUGCCAUGAGUUCCGGGCUGGAGCCGGUGCUCUGCGCGCCUCGGCCGCGCAGGGUCCAGCAGCUGCACCCCUGCAGCGCCGACCUCAUCCUUGGCGCACCGCCCUUCCCGCGCAACGCCAACAGCAAGGCCAGCGGCAGCAGCAGCAGGGAAGGAGGCAGGAAGACGACCAGGCCGGCGGCGGAGGACGAGGACUGCCGCUGGGCGGCGUUCGGCGGGUCGCCGCCGGCGCGCGCGGACAACCCGCUGGUGCACGACCCCCGGUUCCUGCGGAACCAGCGCCACCCGGCGCCGCUGGAGCUCGGGUCGCCGAACCACCGGCGGCCGACCUACAGCAGCGGUGGCGACGGCAGCGGGUUUGCCUCGUCGUCGUUCGCGCCGGCCGUGAGGAUCCAGGGCUUCGACGUCGCCGCGUGCCGCGCGUGAGAGCGAGCUCCGGCCGGGCGGGGCUUUGGCUUUUCGAUCUAUUAAAUUAAAUUAACAGCAGGUGAGGUCAGGUCAGAUCAGAUCAUAGUAGGGAGGAAGGCGAGGAGGGCGGGAGGGAUGGGAUGAGAUCUCCUCUUCCUCCUCCUCGCGAGGGAGGCGAUCCAGUCGUAUGAGUGAAGUAAAGAAGAGUACUCCAGUCGUACUAUAGGUUGAUGUUCGCCGAUACCACACCACACAGCAGCCGGUCAAAGGGAGUGAAAACUGAUUUUUUGUUUACGGGGUUUUGUCAGCAAGGUUAUUAGGUUUUGUGUUUGUGCUGUAGCCUGUAAGAUGUAAGCUACUACUAGCACGGGUCUCUUGUUCGUUGCUGCUGCUCUGCUCUGGCCUCUGGGUGCCCCUGUAUUGUAGAUAUAAAUCAGCACCCAGUUCGGGCGGUCGGCCAGCGUUCGUUUUUCUUCUAGUUGACGAGGAGGAAGAAGAUGUCCGCUCCUCGCCAUGUAAUGUAACCAUGGCUGUACUCCUACAUACAUGCAAUCAUGUAUAAAGAUGAAAACGUGUACAUACACAAGAUGAAAGUGGCAUGCAGUGAUGAUC